AUGUACUUAUCCCCUCUUGAUAUUUUGAUAUUUUCUUUGUUUCUUGUGUUAAAUAUAGGAAGUCAUGUUAACGAUUCUGAGCAUCGCUUGAUAGAAGAUCUCUUGAAAGACUACAAAAAGGAUUCUCGUCCCGUGUUCAACAAGAGCGAGGCGGUAAAAGUGGAGCUUGAUGUGGCCUAUAGCCAACUUGUGGAUCUGGUGAGACGACCUUUUUUGCACUUUUGGCACGCUCAAAAGAGGCACGUAAAAAGAGCUAACGAGUUAUACACGAAGAUAUAACUUAAAAAACAAGCAUGUGGUUUCAAACAAUUAUGGUAAAAAGUAUGGUACUUAUGAUAGUGUUUGUUAGACUUCAGAGCGCUUUCUGUUCGAUAGCAAAACAUUCACAUUAAACAAAUAGCACCACAAAAGGACUUUUCACCUGAAUGGACACAUAGUUUUAUUCACAGCAAAAGAGAUGCGAAGAGCUAGCUAUACUGCAUGUUUUAAGUCUGAAUUUAUUUCAGCUGCUCCUAAUCGUUUUGCAACAUUCAAACUUUCGUCGUGAUCAGUUAUUUUUUUUAUUAUUAUUUUUAUUCUUAUUACCAAGGAAUGCUGCAGGCUAAGGUCCAUUAAAAGUCAUCUGGAAUAAGAAUUAACUGUUAUCUCAAAAUCUUUUUGUUCCCAUUAUCAGAAAUUCAUGCAUUGUGGUUUUCAAGAAAUAACCGCAAAAAAAAUCCAGCAUAUGAAUCAAUUUGUUAAAUGUCCAAUAUGGAAACAAAGAUUUCUUUACGAGAAUAACGCUUAACUCGCACCUAUUUGCAAAACUUCAUUACGUCUCUUUAAAACUACUAGUUUAGACGCAGCACUAACUGAACUAUUUCUCUUUUCUAUGUUCUCUUUUCUAUUUUCUCUUGCCAAAAUUAAAGCAGGUCGGCAUUGGCGACUCACUGGGAAUAACUUAAGGCUGCAAUCUCAAGCAAAGCGAGUUAUAGGCAUAUUACUAACUCGAUUUUACAAAUGGUUAAUGACUACUAAUCGAGGUGUAUCACAGAAAAAAGGUCGUUAUGGUAAAAUAGAGCUUAAUCAUGAAUAGACAGAAACUCAGUCUGCCACAGCAGAUUAAACAAAAAUGAGUUAACGCCCGUUGCUAGUGAGAUAAAUACUACAUACCUGCUUAGCUGGUCCCCGCUCAGUGUUAUCCCAGAUACAGUGGUGAAUCAUUGUGCCUGAUAUUCGUACCAUUUUGGCAGGAAACUUUCUACCAUUUGUUUGCUGCGGUAAAGAAAAACGUCUGUUAGAAAAUACUUACUUAAAAACUUGAGAAGAAGUCAGUGAAAUGAUUCUGUGAACUCCGCUUUAACUAUGGGGACGUUACAUCGCAUCUCGUUCCGUUUUCCAUUUUACUUUUUUAUACCUCAGUUAUAAUCCAUCAAUUGUAUGUCUGUAUUGAGGUCACGUGCCGAUCCAUUAUUGUUACCUUGUUGGACAGGAAAAUAUUGGACUUUUUGCAUCCCUCUUCUUGCCAUGAGGAGUAAAGUAUUUUCAAGACACGCCAUUUAUUCAAGUUAAAAUAGGAUCUGAGCUGAUCUGGGUGGCGUAAAGAAAAUUAAAACUUUUUCAGGGAUUACGUUCUGCUUUACUGAGCUGUACAGGUUCACUGAUCUGGAUUAUCACGCUCUUAUACACACUACUAAACUGAUAACUGUUGAUUGUUGGAUUAUUUCUUCGGUUUAAUAUGAGAAACUUACAGGAUCCAUAUCCUCGCCCAUCAUAAAAUAUCUUUCCAUAUCAGGCUCGGACGAAUCCAAAACAUGUAAACCGGGACGACGAAUGGUAUUCUUAUAACUCCAAAGUGCGCGCGUAUGGUACUUACCCACGAGUUGUUGACGUAUCAGAAACCGAACGAGUGAGAUUUCUGAUGCAAAAACGAGUGCGCAAACACCGUUCAAAGCACUUUUCAUGUGGUAUUGUGUUAAUUAUAUACAUAUUAAGACAAUUCAUCAUUUUAUUAGUCUUUUAUUCCAAUUCUUUUCAAAAUGCUAUAAAAAUGCUGAAACCUGCCCCUAGACACCGCGAAAUGACAAAGAAAACGAAUCAAUAAAAACGCUUGUAAAACUUUAUAUAAUGACUGAGGCUAAGGAUAUAAGGUAAUCCAGGAAUUAAAAAUCAUGUUAAUUUUUGUAAACAAUUAGAAAUGACUGAAUUUGAGUAAAAGGGCCACUGAGAAGACAAAAUAGCUCCACUAAAAGUACAAAUUAAAGUUAGCUUACUUCUCGCUCCUUUUUUCUUACUGCGGCUGUUGUUUUGCCGUCAUUCCACAGUUUUCUUCAUCGACAGUGAAAUAUGCGAAACUAUUUUGCUCAAAUUUCCGAGUUUCACUUUUUCACGAGAAAAACUAAAAGAGUAACUCUUCUUUGCGGUCUUUUCUCGCGGAAUGUUUGCGAAGCAACCCGCAAAUUGAGAGGGCGCUGCAAGCUGCAAGCGCCUACAAAAGGACAAAAGGGGGGAAUUUUGGAGCGAAACCCACACACCUCUGUGCCUUCUGAUUGGACGUAUCAUUGUUUUUACGUGUGAAAAACAUCAUUCGCUCCUCUGAUUGGCUAGAAGUUAUUUGCGUAUGAAAAACGACAUAGCCUUUCAGAGAGUAUAUCUCAGUAUGCAUGUAAUUAAAGUUUUUUUUUACAGUACUAUAAGUGUUUUGUUUUUUGUUUGAUUGAUUUUAUUUUUUCAUUAAAUUAAGGAUGGUAAAAAUCAAAUUCUGUCAAGCAAGAUUUGGAUUCGGCAGGUAAGACUAGUACUCGUUUAGGUAUCAGCACUUAUUCACCAUCUAGCAAACUGAAUAAAUAAUAAUGUUACAGUCAUUUACACUUUCGUUUUGUCUGAAGUUAGCAUUAAUUUUAUUGUAUUACCGAAUUGGCCAGCAUUAAUCCACUCUUUACCCCUUAGAAAACAAAUUUUACUUAUCAAAUCAAUCUUCGAAGCAAUUAUAAAUCUUAUUUAGAAUCAUGUUUACGGAAGACGUCAAGUUGUACCACGUGACCAAGUAUUCCCUCAACUUGUCAUUUAUAGUGCAUUACAUCCGAGUCUACGCAAAAAUAUCUAGUGCAAUACUGGGUUACUCCAUAAGAAUUAGUUUGCACAGGUUAACUCUUAUCUGCUGAAUUCUUAAAUUAAGAAAUUAAAUUGUCAAAUUGCAUGGAUCUGACGUUUGCUGUGUCCCUCAGUUCUGCGUCUCUACUGGUCGAAAGCAACGAUCAACCAGAUGCGCGUAGAAUUUAGCACACCCGUAAAGUUUAUUCUUCAUGACACCGGCAUCUCUUACUGCCAUUUCAGAAAUGGAAGAAUCCUUUCUUAGCCUGGAAACCCGAAGACUACAACGGUAUAAAGAACAUAAACGUGGACCCCAAGUUAGUUUGGAAACCAGAUCUGGUAUUAUACAACAAGUAAGUUGUUAAAGACACCAGCUAGAAAAAUGAUUAAAAAAUACUCCCUGAGAGGACAAGUGCUAACUGGUAAUAAAUCGUACACCGAGUAAAAUUGUCCGUGUGAUUGAUGAAAUGUUGUUUGUAAUAUUGUCAACGAAUAUGAAAAUGGAUGCUGUGUCAAUGCUCUUCGAACCUAUCAGAACAAGGGCUUAGGGCGGUUUGUGAGGUGGUACGUGAGGUGGUCUUAUUAGGGAGCUUAAGCAACAAAGACGGCGACGGCAACGAGAACGAGAACGGCAAAAAAGGAAUAGGUUUAGAUUGGCAAAACAACAACUUUGCAAGUGCAUCACGCUUUUUUGGACAUUUCAUUAGGCUGAUUUAGCAACAGAACGGGAACGUCAGUUGACGACGGCGCGCGCAAAUCAAACAACUGGCUUGACCAAGCUUGAACAAUCGAUGAGCGGCAAAUUGGGCACCGGAAGUCGAGUUUAGUCCUUUCCGCGCGCUUUCCCGUCGUCAAAUGACGUUCCCGUUCUGUUGCUAAAUCAGCCUAUUGGUCCUAUUGCCGUCGCAGCACGACUGCAACGUAAUGGUGCCUAAUUUCACGUUUUGUGGAGGACGUGAACACAAGACAACGACUUUCUUUUUCUUUUCCUGAACUUUGAUAUAGUCUUUUAGAAUUCAACUCUAGAAAAAUUUGCCAGCAUUUGACGAAUUGAACGAGUUGGAAAAUGAGCUCCCUAAUUACUAACAUCUCACGGACUUACACGUCCCAUGACAUAGCGCGUUACUAACUAUAAGCCAAUAAGCACAAACAUAGGAUAGGGAGGUCGAGUCUUAAGUUAAAUUGAGAGAUUUGUGUUUUAUGGGAACGGAUAGGAUAAAAAGUGAAUUGGUAACUUUCAGGGUUGUCCUAACUACCAGGGAACGAUGUUGGACAACAUUCCUAGAAAUUGCAGCGACGAACGUGAUUCAUAUAGUUAAAUCUCAAAAUUAGUGGCAUCACAAACGCUUAAAGAGUAUUUAGGGGGUGUUGUCUGUUUCUUAACAACGUACCUCAAUAAAAAAAAAUACCAGGCCAUCUAAACAUUAUUAUUACGUUUAUCCAAGAGCCAUAACGACAACUAAGAGAGUAGGUUUCUUUCGAAACAAAUAGUUUUUUUUCCUUUUAUGUUUUUUUUUUCUUUUUGUUCACGUCCCUUCCAUUCGUUGCUUACUGUUUUUCCGGAAUUCAUUUUCUUGAUAAAACUAAUGACGAUAAUUAUAUCUCUUACCAAGGGUGAACAACAAAAUAAAUUAAACGAAGCUUCUAGGCUGAUAUAACUAGUAGAGAUGUUUUAGCCCAGAUUUCAACCAGUGUUAUAGUGAAAUAUAUGUGGUUGUAAAUUAUUUAUAUUUGAGAAGUAACAAAUUAACAAAACACAGCUUUUAAAAAAAUAUUUAUGAUCUUCUUCUCCUUUCAAUUAAGGUAAUUACUAAUUGUUUUAUUCCCCGUAUUUUUCCUCAGUAUUGGAAUAGGUCAGACAGGUGCGCUUUAUAACUACGACACAAAGGUUGUCAUGGAAUACGACGGUAACAACUCCUGGUAUGCACCGACUGAAAUCAAAAGCAUCUGUAAAAUCGAUAUCACCUUCUUUCCAUUCGAUGAACAAAAAUGUCCUCUGACAUUCGGUUCUUGGACCUACAGUGGAACUUUUUUAAAUCUCACAAACAAAUCAGAGACGGCGGAUCUAGGAAAGUACACGGUCAGCGGUGAGUGGAAAUUACUUGCGGUACCGACUGUGCGCAACGUGGUCAAGUACAACUGUUGCCCAGACCCCUUCAUCGACAUCACCUACACGGUCAUUGUUCGUCGUAGAGUGCUGUUUUACAUGACAAACUUGAUACUGCCAUGCAUUGUCCUAGGCGCACUCACAGUUUUCUCGUUCAAACUACCUCCGGAGUCGGGGGAAAGAAUUUCUCUCGUCAUAACAAUUCUUCUUGGAUUGACGGUUUUCAUGCUGGUUUUCACCGAAAACGUGCCGCGAACAUCAGAAGUCAUCCCCUUAAUCGUUAAGUACGCCUUCACUGUCAUGUGCGAGGUGUCGUUCUCGCUCUUAAUCACGUGCUUUGUGGUGCGGGUUUACCACAGAAACCCUUCUAAAUCUGUGCCAGCGUGGUAUCGCUACCUAACUUACAGGAUCCUCGCGCCUGUGCUCAGGAUGAAAAAGCCCAGCGGGGCCAAACAGGAUAAGCAAACCUGUGAGAAACAUCAACUUGAACGAGCAAAGAGCAAUCAUCGACGCGGAAGUAACAUAUACGUAAGUAAGUUGUUUGGUAGUUACGAGAGAGGCUCCAAUUGCUGUAAAGUAGAACUGGAGAGCAAAGAAGGGGACGACCUCGUGGAAGUCGUUUCAGAGAACUCGAGGCAUUCUGAGUCUCUCAAGUGCCCCUCAUUAGACAAACUGGAUGAGAUAUCACGCGGUAUGCGAGUCGUUAUUGAUCACAUAAAAGACGUCAAAACGACCGAGAGUAACAAAAAUGAAUGGCACUUUGCCGCACAAGUGCUUGACUGCUUCUUUUUCUGGAUCUUGUUAGUGGCGUUUGCCGUGUCGACGUCCCUUUUUUACCUAUCCAUUCCAUGAUGCAUACAUAACUGGUGACGGCCAGUAAAUGAAUUAACGCGGCUUCGUUCCAGCAAACAAAGAGCUGGAGCUGGUGUAGUUCGGCUCAGUGGUCUUAUAAAUAUGUACUGGUAAAUAAGGGCUUUUCUUUAGUUAUCUACACGAUCUAUCAAAGAUAAAGAUCGACGUAUAAUUAAUGCUACAACUAGUUGCAAAAGGACCGGUCGAAUAAGGCCCAGGCGUUUUAACAAACGUGCAAGCUCUCCGGGGCGCUCCGGAGAUGGGGAACGUGAGACAACGAUUUUUCUUCCCCGUCCCCACAGCCCCUCAGAGGAGAUUAUCAAGUCUUACCGUUCACAACUCCUUUUGCCCUAGUUUAAGGCGCAUUUUAGCAAAAACAUUUGUAGGCUUAAGUACCGGGUGUCUCAACAACCGUACAUGUAGUUGUAGUGUCAUUUGUGUAGCGUUUCACGGAUUACACAAGUCAUUAAACUGAGGGUUUAAGCCGAAUAGAAACUGGUAUAAUACCUAUAAGUUAUUUGGAGAGUACGGGUAAGAAAUGUGGCAGGGAAAUCACAAAAAUCAAUAAGCAACAAAAGACAGUCGUGUUCUUUAUAAUUUGCAUCAAUUUAGUUUCGUCGGCUUGGUAGAUAAAGUUAAUUUACCAGUCUAAAAAGAUUCAAGAAGCUGAAGCCUCGUGAGCUGGCCUUUCACAUGACGCGAUGUUACCCGUGAUUGAGAAGGGCUAUUUUAUAGUUGUUGCAUGAUUAAUUUUGGGUAAUGCGCACACACAAUGAUAGUGGAAAGCAAGAUAGAAUUAUGGGAAUGAGAGGAAAACCAACAGCUGGCCUUUGGGAUAUGGGAGUUAUUUAUAGACCAAUUAAAUACUUGACAUUAAUGGGGAGUUUGUUUCCGGAGAGGUCCGCAAACGUUUCUUCGGUGUUAUCGACAGAGAAUUCAACAGUCGCUAUUACAAUAUUCUGAAUUGUUUUUUUCAACCGAUUUAUAACUUUAUUAAGGACUCCACAAACAGUGCAUAAAUAUUUGAAUUUUUUGCUUUGACGCAGUCGCGCGUGAACUCGAUGACGUCUUAAACAAUCGAUCAAAAUUAAUUUUAAAAAAAAUCUAAAAAUAACGUUCAACGAAAUUCACAUAUCCGGCCAACGCCCUACGAUUCCCUCGCUUUCCCAUUAUUCUCUCUUGUGGAAAGUCUGUUAACCCUUUAAGACCUAAGAGUGAUCAACAUCAUAUUUCUCCUUGUAAUAGCAAUGCUUUGUAAAACAGACUGGUCAUGAGAAUUAAGGACAUGAUCACACAAGAUGAAUUUGCUUGAUAUUUUAUCAAGUUCUCCCCACUACUUCUGAAGGAAAAGAAUAGGAGCAACAAAUGAGAAUUCAAAUUUUCAUCUUAGGGUUUAAAGGGUUAAGUAGCAACCUCCAAAACGUAUGUCGAGUGAAAGGUGUUUAAACUUCUUUAAAAGGGCCUUGUGAUGUCCAAACGCAUCAGUCUUGAGGCUUUAGUGCGAGACGAUCAUGCACACGCCAAUAUUACAGUCAGAUCUCUACUAAGCGGACCAACAACGGGG